UCUACCCCAAGUCCUAGAUAGGGAAUAAUCUCUCUUCAAAGUUUUCAACUUUUGAUUACCUGUACUCAUGAAAAGCUUCAAAAAUUUUCUGGGUUUCAUAGCUUGAAGAUUGGCCAUUUCCUUUCCUGGUGAUUUAUGGGUUUCAGACAUGAAUGUUUCGGUUCAAAGUGAACAACUUUCUUGUUCCUCUCAGGUUAUGGAAUCUUUAUGGAUACCCUCUUCUUCCUCUGCUCUACAGGAGAUGCCGUUGUUCCAACCGGUUGACGAAGAAGAUAAUGGAGAUGAUGAUUUCAACGGAUCGUACAACCCGCCGCGGAAGAAAAGGCGGCUGACAGCCACACAAGUUGAGUUUCUCGAGAGAAGCUUUGAGGUUGAAAACAAACUCGAACCAGACAGGAAGUUGCAACUCGCGACGGAACUCGGUUUGCAGCCCCGACAAGUUGCAAUCUGGUUUCAAAACCGGCGUGCUCGGUUUAAGAACAAGCGCCUUCAAAAAGACUAUGAUUCCAUGAAAGCUGGCUACGAGAAGCUCAAGGCUGACUAUGAGAAUCUCCUGAAGGAGAAGGAUAGUUUGAGAAACGAGGUACUUGCACUGAAAGAGAAGGUGCUGAAAACAUCUCCUGUGUCCCAUGUGCCAUCGUUGGAAGAAGCAUGUUCGGCUAAAAGCGAUGUUUUCGACUCGGAUAGCCCUCGUUACGCCGAUGGGAACCGUUCUCCAUUGAUCGAUUCGUCGAACGUUUUUGAACCGGAUCAGUCCGAUAACUCCCGAGACGAUGAAAAUCUAAGCAAGAGCCUGCUGCUCCCGCAUCCACCUAUGUUCUUCACGAAGUCCGAACUCGAAUUUUACUACGAUGCAAAUGCCAAUUCAUGUAAUUUUGAAUUACCGGUGGAAGAUCAUUCAUUUUGGUCAUCGCUUUACUAAGUCAAAUAACACUUUACCUAAGAUAAUGUGUUGGCACUUCGAUGUUUUGCACUUUUAUUAUGGUGCUUUCGAAUCA